AUCUCCCGCCUCGUUCACAAACGUUAUGCCGAAACUAGCCCCGAGAUUGCACUAUAAUCCUGAGAAAACCCUAUACAUCGAUGUCACCGAUUGGGGGGUUAACAGAAGGACAAAUCAGUAAUUGAACAUCUGGGUGCCCUCUCAGGUUAAGGAGGUUGCUCUCACCGCCGUGAUUUCAACGGCGUUGGUCUGACUUCGUCGCUGGUUUUUCCGUUCCUGGAAAUGGCUCCGCGGACAAGAAGAGGGUCUUUUCCUAGAGUUGUAAUUGAGAGAGAUACGGAGUCUGAAAAAAGUUCAUCAUCAGAAGAAGAGGAGGACCCAGAACCAGAAGUGCAAGAAGAAGAAGAGAGUGAAGAACUUGCAGAAGUUGAAAAUGGAGAGAAUGUGGAAGAGGGUUUGGGUUCAAAGAAGAAAGAGAGAGUGCCCAUCACUAUUGCUCUCACGAAAGUCUGCAAAGUAUGCAAGCGAAAGGGUCAUGAAGCAGGAUUCAAGGGAGCUACUUACAUAGACUGCCCAAUGAAGCCCUGCUUUCUCUGCAAGAUGCCUGGCCACACUACAAUGACUUGCCCACACAAAGUGGCAACUGAGCAUGGUGUCAUCCCAGCACCCAAUAGAAAUACUAGGAGUUCUUUGGAUUAUGUUUUCAGACGGCAGCUUCAACCUGAUAUUCCUGCGAUCAAAACGGCCUUUAUCGUCCCCAAUCAAGUGGAUUGUGCAGUUAUUAGAUAUCACAGUAGGCGGGUCACAUGCCUGGAGUUCCACCCAACAAACAAUAACAUUCUUUUAUCAGGAGACAAGAAAGGGCAACUUGGAGUCUGGGAUUACAAUAAAGUUCAUGAAAAGACAGUUUAUGGAAACAUACACCACUGUAUACUUAAUAACAUGAGGUUCAAACCAACAAAUGAUGAAACAAUAUAUGCUGCAUCCUCAGAUGGAACCAUCAGUUGCACAGACUUGGAGACUGGAAUUUCAUCAUCUUUGAUGAACCUUAACCCUAAUGGGUGGGAGGGCCCAAGCACUUGGAGGAUGCUCUAUGGCAUGGAUAUUAACUCAGAGAAAGGUCUUGUGCUUGUUGCUGAUAACUUUGGAUUUCUCUACUUGGUGGAUACCCGCUCCAACAACCAAACUGGGGAGGCUAUUUUGAUCCAUAAGAAAGGUAGCAAAGUCGUUGGGCUUCACUGCAAUCCUCUUCAACCAGAGCUUCUUUUGAGUUGUGGCAAUGAUCACUUUGCUCGUAUAUGGGAUAUGCGGCGAUUAGAAGCUGGAUCUUCUCUUCACAACCUUCCACAUGGCCGUGUUGUUAAUGCUGCAUAUUUCUCUCCGCAAUCCGGUUGCAAAAUUCUUACUACAUCUCAAGAUAACCGUAUUCGUGUAUGGGAUUCUAUCUUUGGCAAUUUGAACUCCCCAAGUAGAGAAAUUGUACAUAGUCAUGAUUUCAAUCGACAUUUGACUCCUUUUCGUGCUGAAUGGGAUCCAAAGGACCCGGCAGAGUCCCUUGUGGUUGUUGGUCGUUACAUAAGUGAAAAUUAUAAUGGAGCUGCCUUGCAUCCCAUUGAUUUCAUAGACAUCAGCACUGGGCAACUGGUUGCUGAGGUCAUGGAUCCAAACAUCACAACUAUCAGUCCUGUGAACAAGCUACAUCCACGAGACGAUGUUCUGGCAUCUGGCAGUUCAAGGUCUCUUUUCAUCUGGAGGCCCAGGGACAAGUCUGAGCCUGUACAACAGAAGAAUGAAAAGAAGAUUGUUCUUUGUGCAAGUGAGAAGAAAACCAGACGGAAAUUUGGGGGUGUUGAUAGUGACAAUGAUUCUGACGAUGACACAUUCAGCUCCAAGGGUAAAAACUUCAAGUCAAAGAAACUCGGAUCAAAACCAACUCCCAAAAGUCUUAGAACGAAACGCUAAGCUAAUGAACACAAAUGCCUAACUCAUUUCCAAGAUCAUACAUCGGCCUCCUACACCAUCUGUUUUGGGGCUCACAUUUAGAGAGCCUGGAUUUGCCAACCUUUUGUACAGAUAGAAACCUUGCUCUGCCCAUUUUGGUUUUUUUGGCUGAAAGCUUACUCUUCUUCAUCAUGGAUGAAAGCAGCAGACGGAACAUGUGGCCUUUUGGACUUCUCUCACUUUCUUUCUUUUCUCCUUUUUCCAUUUUAUUUAUUCAGCACUUUCUGUUUCAGGGUCUUGUUCACACGUACUGCGGGUUGUCAAGAUAGUCUUUUAAAUUGUAUAAUAGUUCUUUAGCUUGUUGGAUAGAA